CACUAUGCGUUGUAGUUAGUAGACUAUAGUGCUCUAGUAUAAAUUUGUUGUCCUCGUUUUGUUUUUAUUGAUUAUUUUUUCUUCUUCGUAGUAAAUCUUUAAAUAUAUACAUAAAAGUAAUGUGUGUUGAAAUUGGAUCGCACUCAAAACAGUUUACACUUCUUCGAAAAAGGAAUUAAGCUAUUAAAAACAACGUACUCUUGUUUGUACAAUUUGCUCCAUAGAAAUGGAUCUACAGUUCAAUACCAUGAAGUAACUUGUAUGUGACCACAUGCCAGUGAAUACCUGGUUUCUGCUACGAAUCUUCCUGGUUAUCGUAUUCCUCUCCCUGUUUAUACUGCUCGAGCUGCUGAUAGAACGAUCGGACUUCGAUCUCCUAGUGCCUCACUCACAAACUGACCAUGUCGAUGGCGCUCCACCACAGUCCGGGUUCCUGGUCGACACAAAGGGUUGUCGUAUCCCAGAUUUGGACCCGAUGGAUCCCUCCAUCCAGAGAUUCAUCUACGACGAACCCCCCAUCAACUGCGUGGAGCAGUACGGACCCGCUCUGGUGGAAUCCAAUCUGACCUCCCUCUACGUGAACCUGCCCGCUCUGGCCUACUACAACGUCAGCGACACGAGUCAACUCCGAUGCUGCUACUUACCCUUCUGGAGAGUCGAGGUGCCCGAGUCUGCCUCGGGAGAGUAUCCGUCUAACGUAGACACGCGUGUCAAGUUUUCCGACAAAUGUAUAGUUUUCGAGGAGAUAGCGACCGUGAAAGACGAAUUUGUGAAAGUAACUUGUUCACUAAACAACGAAUCUAUUUAUUUAGACUACCAUGCUUUUACUCCUGUCAAAAGAAGUGUCAAAAAGAAGGUAGAAUUUGAGGAGGAAGAAAAUGCCGUCAGUGUCUUAAUGAUAGGAAUAGACGCCGUGUCACGUUUGAACUUCCAUAGACAGAUGCCGCAAACGUUAAAUUUCCUUGAGAAAAACUUAAGUGCUGUUGAAAUGUUAGGGUACAAUAAAGUAGAAGACAACACGUUUCCUAAUUUAAUACCGGUGCUGACGGGCCUAUCAACAAAGGAGUUGAAGAAAGCCUGCUGGGCAAAGGCAACGUCGGUAUUUGAUUCUUGUAAUUUUGUGUGGGACAACUUCAGCGAUGCAGGAUACGAGACGGCUUUCGGUGAAGACGCUUCCUGGAUGGGGAUAUUCAGUUAUUUGAAGAGUGGAUUCAGGAAACAACCAACAGACUACUACAUGAAUAUUUUUAAUAAAGUAUCCGAGGAUAAGAUCGGAUUCGAGAAAAGACUAAAUGCUAAGUUGUGCGUCGGGCCAAGGAAAACCAUUCAAGUUUUGUUGAACUACGUCUAUAAAUUUGUGAACGCCAUGAGGAACUCUCUAUUUUUUGGAUUUUUCUGGGGCUCCAGCCUCACCCACGACUACCUGAAUCUGCCCAAAUACGGAGACGAAGAACACAGACAACUCUUGGAGAAUCUUUACAAUGAGGGUGUCUUCAACAGAACUGUUCUUGUCGUUAUGAGUGACCACGGUAUAAGAUGGGGAGAAAUAAGAGGAACCUUUCAAGGGUACUUGGAAGAAAGACUGCCAUUUCUUUUCAUUGCCUACCCAAACUGGUUCAGAAUCAAGUACACAACGGCUGUGGCUAAUUUGAAGAAGAAUACUCAUAAAUUGACAACGCCUUACGAUCUACACGAAACGCUGUUGGAUCUCAGCAACGUGGCCCAGUUGGACCAGGAGACUCUGAGAGAGAGGUCUAGGCGGUUGGAGAGAGCCGAACCACUUCCUAGGGGUAUCAGCUUAUUUCUACCAAUUUCAGAGAAUAGGACAUGUUCGAGCGCUGGAAUAGACGACCACUGGUGCACCUGCCAUCAGACUAGGGACAUCCUCACCAACUCCAGUCAGGUCCGACGUGCUGCCAAUCGUCUAGUGAAGCACAUCAACUCCUUGCUACUGCAGUUUCCGCAGUGUGCCGAACUUCGGCUUUACAAGAUUCGGAGUGCGAGAGAGGAAAGCUCUUCUUUUAAAACACCUAGUGGCAUUCAAUACUUUACGGUCACGAUAGAAACUACCCCUGGGCGAGCGCUCUUUGAGGCGACGGUGCGCUACAACGGAAACACUGACAGUUUCUCAAUAGUCGGCACUGUUAGCCGUAUAAACUUGUAUGGCGACCAAAGCAGUUGUGUGACCCAGUACAGGCUUAGAUUAUAUUGUUAUUGUAUUCAUUAGUCUUAGCCAGAUUUUGUGUUUUAUUUUUAUACGGGGAAACAUAUUUAUACAGGUACACAGUAUGAAACAAACUUGUUCUGAUGAGUUGCGACUGCCUUUAAAAAAAAUCCUAACCUAAAACUUAAAAAAGUAUCUUUGUUAUCUAUUGUUUAAUUAAUUGGCGCUAAGGAACAAAAAGUCAUUAUCCUGUAUUUUCUUCAGUUUGACAAGCUGCUGUACGAUUUGUCAAAACAAGGACUUUGAGCUAUUUUACUUUAUCGUAAAUGUAGUGGUUAAGUUAUUUAUACAUAAGAAUAAGCUGUGCCGAAUAAAGUUUAAACUUUUGUAAUAUAACAUAUUAUUUAUUUAUUACAGGAAAACUUUAUGAAAUGUUACCUUCUGUUUAAGUUUUGACCAAGCAUAAAAUUGUAAAAAAUAUUGUGAAUUUGUUAUA